GGAGAGACACACCGUGUGGUUUAAAACAAUAUUAUUUUACCAAUUUAAAGUGUUGGACUGCUCCGAGAAGACCGCCUUGGUGAUAUUUGAUGAGAAGGACAAGUUGAAUUCUCCCAGCGUGCAUUUGCUCUGCCAGCCCAUUCGCUUUCAGUUGCUCUUUCUACCUCCAUUCAGUGGAGCGACUUCCCCCGAAUCGAAACGGGUCGAAGGGUCCUGGAGCUUUAUCUGACCACGGGAUCGACAACACCCUGGCCCCGUUUUGAGACAAUUACCAUUUACACACACAUUCCUGAACCCAACCUCAUUUCACCGUCAGGUGGGUUCAUGUUUCAACAGCCACCAUGUUAGUGGCUCCUCUCUGCUUGGUGGUCUUUCUUUACCUCGGCCAGGCGUUGGGGGCACAGCUUCCACAUUUAAACUGGCGUGACAUCAACGGUGCUCAGCCGUUCCCCUGGCUUCAUAUGAGACUCCCCCAAACGGUCGUACCCGUGCACUACGACCUGACAAUUCACCCCAACCUGACCACUCUGAGCUUCACCGGAGUCGUUCGCAUCCAGCUGGAUGUACUCGAAGAGACCAAAGCCAUCAUUUUACACGCAAAGCAGUUGAAGACCUUCAACGUGAAGCUCAAGACGUCCGAGGGGUUGAGGUCUCUUGAGGUUAUCGAGAAUUCUGUUUACCAGCAGCUUGCCCUGCUCUCACAUGAGGUGAUCCCCAAAGGGCGGGACUACGAGGUUCAUAUGGAGUUUGCCGCAAACCUCUCGGACAGCUUCCACGGUUUUUAUAAGAGCAGCUACCGCACCAGCAGCGGGGAGCUCCGGACUCUGGCAUCGACGCAGUUUGAAGCCACGUUUGCUCGAACAGCCUUCCCUUGUUUUGAUGAGCCCGCCUUCAAAGCCAACUUCACCAUCUCCAUUGUACGCGAGGCACGACAUAUCGCCAUCUCCAAUAUGCCCAAGAUAAAAACGGUGGCGUUACCCGGAAAUGUGUUUGAGGAUCACUUUGCCACCACGGUAAAGAUGAGCACGUAUUUGGUCGCCUUCAUCGUGUCUGACUUCCACUCCGUCAGCAAGACGACCCAACAUGGCGUCAAGAUUUCCGUCUACGCCGUAGCUGAGAAAAUCAACCAGACGGACUUCGCGCUGGACGCCGCCGUGAAGCUGCUCGACUUUUACGACGACUACUUCAAUAUCCCUUACCCACUCCCCAAACAGGACCUUGCUGCUAUUCCCGAUUUCCAGUCGGGAGCGAUGGAGAACUGGGGCCUGACCACCUACAGGGAGUCGGCCCUUCUCUUCCACCCCGAAAAAUCCUCCGUCACUGACAAAGUGCACAUCGCCAAGAUUAUCGCUCACGAGCUUGCGCACCAGUGGUUUGGCAACCUAGUGACGAUGGAGUGGUGGAACGACUUGUGGCUCAACGAGGGUUUCGCCAAAUUCAUGGAGUUUAUUGCUGUCAACGCCACCUACCCGCAGUUCCAAGUGAACGACUUAUUCAUGGGCAAGUGUUACACAGCCAUGGAGGUCGACAGUCUCCGCUCAUCCCACCCGGUUUCCACCGCUGUGGAAAACCCCACCGAGAUCCAGGAAAUGUUUGACAGAGUGUCCUACGAUAAGGGAGCGUGCCUUCUGAACAUGCUGAAAGACUUCCUGACACCUGACGUGUUCGAGGUUGGCAUCCUCCGCUACCUGAAGCGCUAUAGCUACAAAAACACCGCCAACAGCCACCUGUGGGAGAGCCUGACCAAUGUUUGCGAUCUGAAUGAUCUGCCAGGCGCGCCGACGAAACAAAAAGAAUUCUGCUCAAAACACAUCCUCCCAUCGGGAGAAAACUACGAUGGCGAGAAGUUUGACAUCAAGACCGUCAUGGACACGUGGACGCUACAGAAGGGCUUCCCGCUCGUCAACAUCGACUUGAAAUCGCGCAAGCUCAUUCUCACCCAGGAGCGUUACCUGAUGACGGAGCCGGAGCCCGCCACCACUAAAGCCCCUGUGGAAACGCCCGUUUGGCAGAUUCCACUCACAUACAAGACAAGUGACUCUGCCACAACACACCACCACCUGAUGAGAAAUGCAGUCGAUCUCUUUCGCGUUCCCAACGGCGUGGACUGGGUCAAGUUCAACGUGGACAUGAGCGGCUACUACGUCGUUCACUACGGCAAAGAGGGGUGGAAGAACAUGAUUAAACUGCUGCACAAAAACCACACGGCGCUGAGCGGCAAGGACCGAGCCAGUCUCAUCCAUGACGCCUUCCGGCUCGUCAGUAUCAAGAAGCUGGGCCUGGAAACAGCUCUGGACCUGUCCGCAUAUCUCUCCAAGGAGACCGACAUCAUAUCAGUGACUCAGGGCUUUCAAGAGCUCCUCCCCAUCUACAAACUGAUACAAAGGAGGUAGCUUGGUCUUCUCGAAGACGGCAUGAAGAGUUUCAUGCUAGACCUGUUCAAGCACUUGAUUGACAGUCAGAGUUGGGACGAUUCUGGUUCGGCGUCGGAGCGAAUGCUGCGCAGCUCCCUGCUGCUGUUCGCCUGUGUCAGGAACUACACCCCUUGUGUGACGAAAGCCAAGCACCUGUUCAACUUGUGGAGGGACACGGAUGGCCAAAUGAGCCUCCCCAUCGACGUCACCCUGGCCGUGUAUGCCGUCGGGGCUCAAACAGAGGAAGGGUGGGACUUCCUGUUUGAGUUCUACCGCCGGGCCUUGCAAACGUCCGUUCAGACCCGCAUCAGGAUUGCCUUGGCGAGCAGCCCGUUGCAUCAAAAGCUCAAGUGGAUUCUGGAGCAGAGCCUCCUCGGCGAGGUGAUUAAAACUCAAGACCUGCCACACGUGUUGGUCUCUGUCAGCAGGAACCCCCGAGGCCACAGACUAGCGUGGGACUUCCUCCGAGCCAACUGGCAGACCCUGAUCAAAAAGUUUGAAGUUGGCUCCUCCUCCAUAGCGCGCAUGGUGAAGGGCGUGACCGGCCUGUACUCCACCAAGACAAUGCUAUCGUCGGUGGAGAAGUUCUUCAGCUCUCUUACGGUGGAGAUGGGCUCAGAGAUGCGAUGUAUCCAGCAGACCUAUGACGCCAUCCAUGAGAACAUUCGCUGGGGCGAAACCAACUUCUCCGUGCUGCAGUCCUGGCUGAAAAAACAGAUGACCAGGUUUAUUCAUGAGGACUUGUAAGAGGGACGGGAAAAAAAAGACACUUUUUAGAUUUCUUACCCAAAAUGUAAUAUUUUGGGGGACAGAUGGGUCGCAAUUAGGAAGGAGCUUCCAUAUGUUUUAUUGAAACAUCUUAUUGAUGUCAGUCUGUGCCAAGUAUCUUUGGGUUAUAUAAUUCACUAGCUUCAAGACCAUAUCUAAAUCAUCUUUCUUUCAUGCUCUUGCGGUCUUCAACUGAUUUUCAUUUGGGUUUUAAUUUAUUAUGAAUUGUUAUUUUAGGACUUUUGGGUUGACCCCAGGAGUUUCUCAAUAUGAAGUCCAUGUGUGUUUCUCAAUGUCCGUGUGCCAAAGAGGUCAAAAUGCUUUUGUCGUUUGGGAGUUUUUUUUUGUUUUUUUUUUAAACUUUAAAUGUUGCAUGGGUGGAACACUGACCCUUGGGGUGCUCCCCGUGCUUGUGAGGACCCUCUCAUGGUAAUCUGUUCUUACCCGACCCUGUUCUACAUCAUCCAUCAGUGUGAAUGGGAGUGUGUCUACUUUUUUUUUUGUCUGUAUGUGCGUCGUGUAAUUCAACUCUUCAUCAAAGUCAUCAAGGAUAGGCCUCACGAUCCUGAACAGGAUAAGCGGUUAGGAAAAUGGCUUUCCGGUACACGUUUCGAACUAUCCCUUUGAUAUUUAUUUUCUUCACGACGAUGAAUGCUAUUGUUUUGUGCUAAUUCGCUGCUAUUUUUGUUCAUUGAUGACUCUGAUACAACUUGUCACUUUUUCAUGCUGUUGGCUUGGCGUUUCAGGUUUUGUAGAACCUGAGCAUUGCUGUCGAUUGCUGCUGUUUUCAUGGAUAUAUGGGGUAUCGAUCACAUCUGCACGCCAUUACAACCGUGAUUUGUUUAAUUUAAUUGAAAGUCCUGUGACAGCAGCGAUCCUGUAAAUGAGACUUUUACCCACUUGCAUAUUGCAAUGUAUGAGGAAAUCCAGAUGUCCUAUGGGAUACACUUGUUUUUAAUCUUGAUGAAUGUAUCAAGCAAACCUUGCAUUGUGUCACUUGGAUUAUUAAAAAAAAAAAAAAA